CCUACCUAUUACCUGGAUACAUAGAAGUCAAACAAGGACAGGCUCGCCUUUUCUCCCGCUAGACCGCGGGACAUAUCAAGAGCCGAUACCUACAUACUACCUGAAACUUGCUUUCUGACUAAACUCCGAGCCAGGCUGAAGCCAGUCGCAGCAGUCAUGGACAGUCCCAUGGCAACGGAAACCCUUGAGCAGAUUCAGACACGGCAUCGUCGUGAGCUCAAGGACCUGCAAGGCCGCAUAACGGGAAAGAAGAAGAAUGCCACAAAGAAGACGCGCAAAGGCGUAAAUGACGAAUGUGCAGAGAUGGAACGUCAGCUGCGUGAAAAGCAAGCCGCCGAGAUUGCCUCUUUGAACAACAGCGAUGAUAACAACAGCGACGAAGGCGACAAUACCGCCGCCGAAGCUCAAAACCAGCUCCAGAAAGACAUUCUAGUGAAAGAGACCGAGAAGCUCUCUGUCUCAGAACCGGAACAACAGCAACAGCAACAGCAGCAGCAGCAGCAGCAGCCGGGAAAGAAGCGCAAUCGUCAGAAAGAGCGGCUUGCUCGACGUGCUGCUGAGCAGGAGGCUGAAGCGCAGCGUGCAGAAGAGGAAGCAUCCAGUAUGACCAAUCACCGAGCCAAGGAGAGCGAAUAUAUGAAGUCGACGUUUGAGAAGCAUGGGCUUGUGGAGAAAGAUAUUGCGCCCGAUGGACAUUGUCUAUUUUCAGCGGUGGCGGAUCAGCUCGGCCAGAAUGACAUUCCUCUCGGAGACAGUGACACCAAGGACCCAGCAUACAAGACGGUGCGACGAGUGGCUUCAGAGUAUAUGUUGGAGCAUGGAGACGACUUUGCGCCGUUCCUCGAGGAAGACCUCCAAGACUACGCUCGCAAGAUGCGAGAUACUGCUGAAUGGGGCGGCCAGCUUGAGCUCAUGGCGCUCGCACGACAGUAUAAAGCGGAGAUCCGAGUGGUACAAGAUGGGCGCCUUGAGCGUAUUGGGGAGAAAGAGGGAGCCGAGUCGGGCAAAACAUUAUGGUUGGCAUACUACAGGCACGGCUACGGCUUGGGAGAGCACUACAACUCUCUCCGAAAGGCACCAUCAUGAGAAGGAUAAGGAGAUCACUUUUGUUCUUGUGCGUACAUCGGCGAAAGAUCAUAUGGUGGUUGUUUGGUAUCGAGACGUAAAAAAAGGAGAUUCGGUGGCCAAACUACUCAGCUUGGUUAUCGACUCCAGACUGAGAGGAAGUCAAGCACUGCGCCAUCUGGGCUGGUGCCGGCCUUGUGCGUUCGAGUUGGUUUGAGAAGACUCAGCCGAUGUAGGGCGUCGGCCCAAGGUUUUGAGCAAGGGUCUUCAUGGACGGU